GUAGAGGUCAGAGUGUAGGAUCGCAUAGGAUCAGGAAGUGCCUGGCUGUCCGGCUUCGUGGAGCAUACAGAAUGGAGGCGCUACGGGGUUUGCUGGUCCCGGGGAUCCUACCCGAACGUUGCUAUGACGAGUUCUUCGUACGGUUUAAUCUGCUGGAAGUUGUGUGUCUGAAGAUCCUGGUCAGUAAGCUCCUGGGCAUCGGGAUCAUAGUCGGCUCUAUACUCGUCAAGGUGCCGCAGAUAGUAAAGAUCCUGCGAUCGGGGUCAGCCGAGGGGCUCAGCUUUCAUUCUGUGCUGCUGGAGUUACUGGCGUUAACGGGGACCAUGGUGUACAGCGUCACGCGGGGAUUCACUUUCAGCGCGUGGGGGGAGGUGCUGUUCCUGAUCAUACAGACUCUUAUAAUAGGGUUUCUGAUCCAGCACCUCGGACGCCGGACAGCGUGGGGGGCAGUCUUCCUGGGUAUAUACUUCACUCUGGUCGCCGUCCUGCUGUCUCCUGUCACCCCUAUGGCUGUAAUCACCGCCCUGCAAGCUUCCAACAUGCCGGCCGUCAUCAUCAGCAGACUGAUUCAAGUGCUAACAAACUAUAGAAAUGGCCACACGGGGCAGCUCUCUGCAGUGACUGUUACACUUCUGUUUCUUGGGUCUUUGGCCCGAAUAUUUACUUCCAUUCAGGAGACGGGGGACCCUCUCAUGGCCGUCACCUUUGUCGUCUCAUCUACCUGUAAUGGAGUCAUCUUAGCCCAGCUGCUGUAUUACUGGAACGUCAGCCCAAUCGGCAAGAAGAAGAAGCGGAGUUAGAGGUGCAGUCCCGCCUCCGGCGACGUUCCCUGCGCUGAGCCAAUCACGCUGCUUCCUGAUCUCCCCGCUUCUACUCCACUCCCUUUUCCAUCAGAAUCAAUGUGUGUCUUAAGCGAAGGGUUAAAUUUCAACAUGGAUUUUUAAAAAAAUA